GAUUCAUACACGCAUACUCCGCACAGAAGUUGCUUCUUUUCUCAUUUGAUCUGACCUGGGAAGGGUCACUACCUAUACAAGAUACAUGCAUGCAUGUCUGGGCCUGUUCUUUCUUCCAUCGCCUGCCCUGCACCUGAACCUCCAAGGAUACGAUACUGCACUGCCUAGUACAAGCAUCCAACCAACCAAGCAGCGUAGUCGGAGGAGCCUGGAGAGGCAAGGCCAAGCAUUUCUUGCUGCUGGAGCGUGUGAAGGCAGGUAGGCGUUGUGGGCUGUAGAGGAGACCAGGCAGGUCAAAAUUGUGUUGAAGAACGCAGGGGGUUGCUCGAUGACGAUGAUAGAUCGUUUGUUGGGCGUCCAUCAAGCGAGUGAGUGAGUGACUGGCGGCGAUGGCGAUGGCAGAGAGUCGACGGAGUCGUGUUGUUCUCGCCAAGGAAGGGAGCGAGCGUGGAGAAGUAUGUACUGUCGAGUUAUCAAUGUGUAUGUGAGAGAGAGAGCGUUCUUGGCGGUGAUACACGUAGCCAGCCAGAUUUGUCGAUUGUCGAGCGGGUGGUUGGGGUCCUCGUCAAUUGCUUCAUCGCGAUUGCGCUGCUUGUUGUUAGUUCUACGAGGAGCUGCAAAUCCGUCGCUUUCUUGCCAUGUCUUUUUUGCAUAACCCGAUAUCACGAGCAGGAUGUGGGUGGUGCUGUGCCUGCUUUGCACUCACAGCAUCGCUCGUGAUGAGACUCCCUGAACGUACUCCUUUCCCCUUGCCG